AUGUUGAAAUCCCUCCCGUUGAGCUUGCUGACGGGACUCGCUCUCCUGGCGAGCCCUAUCCACGCCGGCAACAACAAGGACAAGUAUUACGACUACAUUGUUGUGGGCAGCGGGCCAGGAGGGGGACCACUCGCGAGCAACCUCGCACGAGCCGGCCAUUCCGUUUUGCUAGUCGAGGCCGGCGACGACCAGAGCAUGAACGUCAACUCGGAGAUUAUUUCGUUCUUUGGUUUUGCCUAUACCGAUCCGACGCUCCGGUGGGACUUCUUCGUCCGGAACUUUGCAAACGAGACACAGAAUCUCCAACACAACCACUUGACGUGGCGCCGCCCCGAUGGCAGUUUCUAUGUCGGCCGCGCUCCGCCUGCUGGCUCGACGCUGCUGGGCAUCCACUAUCCGCGCGGUGGAACACUUGGAGGUAGCUCGACUAUCAACGCCAUGUCGACCAUGUACCCGAGCGAGAGUGACUGGCAGAAUGUCGUGGAUUUAACACGAGACACCACGUGGAGCCCGUCACACAUGCGAGACAUUUUCAUGCGCGUAGAAAACAACCAUUAUUUGACCCCUGGAACGUCGGGCCACGGGUUCAACGGCUACCUUGACACCAUCAUGAGCAACGAGUCUGUUUGGGCCGGGCAAGACGACCUCUUGACCGUUCUGGGAACGGCGUCCGGGCAUUUGGGUCAGAGUCCGGCCGAUAUUACCAGCAAUCUGCUUGCGGAUCCCAACUUCCUCGGACCGGCUCGCGACCAGAUACAGGGCGUCUUUGGCUGCGCUCUGCAUGCGGAUCUGGCAAUGCGGCGCUUCAGCUCUCGCGACUACAUCCUCGAGACCGCCAACGCAGUCAAGCCCAACGGACAGAAGAAGUACCAGCUGGCAUUGCAGCUUAACACUCUUGCCACGAAAGUACUAUUCACAGACCUCAAUCAUCCACGGAAGACACCCAGGGCAACUGGCAUCGAGUUCCUCCAGGGCCAGAGUGUUUACGGGGCAGACCCCCGCCGCAAUGCGUCUCAUCAAGGGUCGCCAGGACGGGCCUUCGCACGCAAGGAGGUCAUCCUCUCGGGCGGCGCGUUUAACUCGCCUCAACUCUUGAAGCUGUCCGGGAUUGGACCGGCAGACGAGCUGGCCAAGUUCAACAUCAGCACAGUGGUCGACUUGCCUGGCGUUGGCACGAACCUGCAGGACAUUUACGAGGUCCCUGUCGUCGGCCAUGCUGCCAGAAACUUCACGCAGCCGACACCAAACCCCAGCGACCCCAUUUGCACUUACGGAGCGCCGGGCGAUCCAUGUGUCGAACUCUGGAGGCAGGGCCGAGGACCCUACAUGAGGGGAGCAACGCUCAACUCCAUAUUUCGCAAGAGCGCGUUUCCUGCCUUAUCGGAACGCGACUUCUUUCUCGUCGGCGGGAAUUUCGCGCUCAGGGGCUUCUGGCCGCCCACCGACUCGAUACCUCCUGACCCUCCAUCCAUGUUCGGCUUUUCCACCGUCAAGAUCAACCCGCAAAGCCGGUCCGGCACCGUGUUGCUGCGGAGCGCGGAUCCCCGAGACACACCAGACAUAAACUUUCACUUGUUCGAGGAAGACAACGCCGGCACGGCAUUCGACUUCAACGCCGAGCUGGACACGGUCAAGUGGGCACGCCGGGUGUUUGCCGACGUUCCUGCACCGCUCGGUCCCAUCCGACCGGUUGAGCCCCCUUGCCCAGGUCCGCCGGCUGCGGACGGCACUUGCGACGACCAGACGGACAAGGACUGGAUCAGGAAUCAGAUCUUUGGUCACCACCCGACCAGCACGUGCGCCAUCGGUGCUGACAGCGAUCAGAUGGCUGUGUUGGACUCCAAGUUCCGAGUUCGCGGCGUCAGGGGCCUCCGAGUCGUGGAUGCGAGUGCUUUCCCCCGCGUCCCCGGUGCCUUCCCGGUCUUGCCGACGUUUAUGCUGAGUGAGAAGGCCACUGAGAGUGUACUGGAGGAUGCCAAGCUUUGGUAA